GUAAAAUUAAGAAUGGUACGAGAGCGGUGAAUAAGAGCGGUGUGGUAUACGUUUUGUUUUCCCACAACACACCGCACAGCCCAAGAAAAAACAUGGGACCCAAAAGUGCCAAAAAGUGGGCCUCGCCACACACCACGUAGAUAAAAGCCCAACCUUUUCGUCCGACACGUAAGUCGCCUCGCACGCCCAUCUGUCGCCUCUCCCACCGCACAAAAAUUCCCUCUGUACGACGCACGCACUUUCCAGAAUACGCCAAACUCUUCCUUCACCCCGCCCCUCAAAAUCCACAAACUCACAAGCACUUUAAAACCCCACCCAGCUCUUACCUUGUACUAGUUUGAUUUUGGUUUUUGAAUUCACAUAAUUGGGAUGGAAAUUAUGGAAGAGGGAUAUCAUGAGGUGGUGGUGGAGGAGGAGAGGGGAGGAGGGUGUUGGACGCCGACGCGCGGCAGGUGUCGGAUUCCGGUGGCCGGGGCGGUGUGCCCGCCGCCGCCGAAGAAGAAGCGGUGUUGGUACGGGAAGAAGGGAAAGAGGGAGCCACCGAAGAACGGGUAUUUCCAGCCACCGGAUGAUCUGGAACUGCUUUUCUCUGUUCCGCCGAGACACCAAUCGUGUGCUUAAUCAGUUAGGCGUGCGUGUUAGUACUAACUAGCUCUCUCUCUCUCUCUCUCUCUCUCUCUCUCUCAUUUGUGGAUAAAUGUGGUGUACGUAUAGGGUAGUGGUUUAUCGAUUCUGCAUGUGCGUUUCUCUUUUUUGUGUUGUAAUUGGUAGUGGUGUCAGUUACCGGAGUAUGGUCAGUCUGAUCUUGGGUUGUAUUCUACUACUAACUAAUUUUGCAAGUUUACGGGGAAAGUGUGAUUCUGGCU